CCGGAUUUUAAACAAUCUCUUGCCCCCGAGAUCCGGCAUCAUGGUCGCAGGCCCUUCUUUUUUCCGUUUCCCGCUCUCGGUUCCUGAUCGACACUACCUCCUUCCUGGGCCGGCCACUCCUUGAUUGACCUACAUUUGCAAUUCACCCUCCACUUGCCUCUCGAAAAUAGGAGUAUAUGCGAUAACGGGGCUACACAAUUUGACGAUGCUGGGUAAACUCAAAUCCAAAUCGGUCAAAGACGACGACGCCUCCUUACGCAACAACCAUGACCCCGACGCCACCACCACGGAAGUCGCCACGGGUUCCGACUCGGACGACUUCCGCGCCAUUGACCCCCAUAGCGGCGUCAAGCGCGGGCUCAAGACGCGCCACCUGUCCAUGAUGGCCCUAGCCGGCAUCAUCGGACCGGGCCUGCUCAUCGGCUCCGGCGGCGCCCUCUCGUCUGGCGGUCCAGCCUCGCUGUUGAUUGGCUUUGGUGUCAUCGGCAUCAUCGCCUUCUCUAUCAUGCAGAGCUUGGGCGAGCUGACGACGCUGUACCCGACGGGCGGUGCCUUUACCGCGCUAAGUGACCGCUUCGUGGACAAGGCUUUUGGCGUGGCGGUUGGGUGGAAUUAUUACGUUGUGUGGUUCUGCGUGCUGGCCAACGAGUACAACGUAAUUUCGAGCAUCAUGGUUUUUUGGAGCGACAAGGUGCCCAUUUGGGGGUAUUUUCUCAUCUUUUGGUUUGCCUUCUUGGCUUUUCAGUUGCUCGGUGUUGAGACCUUCGGAGAGGCUGAGUUCUGGCUGGCACUGGUCAAGAUCAUUGGCUUGAUUGCCUACUUCUUCUUCAGCAUCAUCUACGCGUCCGGCGGUGUCAAAGGGGCCGAUGCCAUUGGCUUCCGGUAUUGGCACGACCCCGGGGCCUUUACAAACGGCUUCAAGGGCGUCGCUUCAGUCUUCGUCUUCUGCAGCACCUUCUAUGCCGGCGUCGAGUCCGUGGCCGUGGCCGCCACCGAGACGAGGAAUCCCCGCCACGCCGUCCCGCUGGCCAUUCGCCAAGUCUUCAUUCGUAUCAUCGUUGUCUACAUGGGGAGCGCCUUUUUCUUUGGCCUUACUUGCCCUGCUAAUGCCAAGGGCCUUGUCGGGGACUCGAGCCGCGUCCUCCGCAGUCCCAUGACCAUCGCCAUCCAAAACGCCGGUUGGGAGGGCGGAGUCCACCUCAUCAACGCCUUCAUCUUCGUCACCUGCCUCAGCGCCGUCAACAGCUCCAUCUACAUCGGCAGCCGAACGCUCCUGUACAUGGCCCAAGACGGCAAGGCGCCGAGGUUCCUAGGGUGGACCGACAAGCGCGGCGUGCCGAUCCCGGCCAUACUCUUCACGAAUCUCUGCGGCGCCCUCAGCAUGAUGAAUGUCAGCACAGGCGCCAGCAAGGCGUACGGCUACAUUGUCAACCUGAGCGGCGUGUCCACCUUCCUCGUCUGGGGCGCCAUCAGCCUGACGCACAUCCGCUUCCGGUCUGCGUGGAAGGCCCAGGGCCAUGCCGAGAGCGAGCUGCCGUUUGUGUCGCUGUGGUAUCCGUACAACGCCUACUUUGGCUUGGGCGCGAAUAUCUUCCUGGCGCUUAUUCAGGGGUGGUCGACGUUUGCACCGUUUGACGCCGGCUUGUUUGUCGAUGCCUACAUUUUGCUGCCGCUUUUUGGCGUCAUUUAUGUGGUGUACAAGCUUGUCUUCAAGACAAAGUUGUGGCGGGCUCAUGAGAUUGAUCUGCAGUCCGGGAGGCGGAGAGAUCUGGACGAGGCGAAGCGGAGGGAGGCUGGAGAGGGGCAUCGGUCGAAAUGGUGGAACAAGAUAUUCAGGGGAAUAUGAUGAUGAGGAUGUGGCUUGCAAUCUUCCAGUAUGUUAGGCUAGAUACCCGCUGCGGAAACUUUUGGAAAGUAAGCAAGGUGUUUUGGGGAGUACGCUUCUAAGAUUUGAAGCUCAACUCAUAGGCUCAUCCUAAAUUCAGACUAAGCACGGAGUAAACCUCCCGGCUCAGGCUGAGUUGAGAGCCCCUGACUACGGGCCUGUCAUCUAUCCUCUUGAUAUCACGCCUGAGUUCGUCAAUCACCUGUCGCAGAGGUUAGCUUAACAGUAUCG